UAUUUCAGAACUCGGGAGCUACUGUGGCCUCCAUGGUGAUAGAACAUGAGGAUGACAGGGGCACCCUCACUGUUGUCAUGGAUACCCUCAACAUCGAGACCACGUGCCAGAGGUGUACGUCUGAUGACCGGCCACCGGGGUAUAAUGAGGCGACCACUGAUAUUUCAAUGGAAUCUCCAAAUGACAUCAUAAUUGAAGAGGUGACCGUCGACCCCCCACCCCCUUAUGGCCCGCCCAGCUAUCAGCAGGCGAUGGAGGACAAGUCUCGUGAAUCUAGCUGUGAUAAUCUAGCAGAGAACUUUGAAGUUUCUGAGGCAUCCAGGGAGUUAAUCCAGUCAGGUUUCGGUGCAGGAAAUGUGGAUGAAAAUGGUGGAAACGGAAACAGUGAAAGGCAUGAUCAUUAUCAUAAUGGCAGAAAAGGUUGUGAUGGUAGUGGUGAUGGUGAUGGUAAGAGAAAUAUGUGUGGGGAGCCACAUGAAGAGGAGAUGUCACAGUUUGUGGGUGGUGAUGGCAGUGGUCGUCGAGAGCAGACGGCAAAUGAGAACGUGGAAUGCAGGUCGACUACAACGGAAGACUCCACACAGCCUCAGGAACGUUACUCAAAAUAUCAAGAUAUGCCCACUGUUACCAUAUAGCUGUCUGAAAUCAUCAAGAUUUCAACAUUGUCACCAUAAAGGUGUUGUGUGGAUGGUUAUUAAAAUUGUCAAUUAGGUGUUUUACUAAUGCCUGAAAUUUACGGUAUGCCUGCGAUGUUGGUAGCAUACAAAUAUUUCUUUGCUUCACAUCAUAUAGCCAGACAAGUGUCAUUAAAACCUCACAAACAGAGUUUGAAGAAGGGUAUUCUGGUGUCACAAUGUUGGUUGGUCCAUUGGUUGGUUGGUUGGUUGGUUGGUUAGUUGAUAGAAUCUCUUGUUCUUCAAACUUUGUUCUUCAAUUUGUUUUUAAAAGUUAUAUUAAACGGUUCAUGUUUCAAAUUCAAAAGUAUUGGCUGACAUAUUUUUUCCAAGAUAUCAUUCAUAUCAAAUUCGUUUAUUUUGUUGAGCUGCAUAUGCGGAACUUAACACACUGGAUGAACAGUAUAAUGCCUGGACAACUUAUUGCCAUCAUGGACUCUUUGUAGCAGACAUGUUGAAAUUAUUGUUUUCUUUUCUUUAGGAGUACAUUUCCAUAAAACUUUAUUCAUUAGAAAAAAAACACAUAAUGUGUGGCAGUGUUAUACAUAAUAUUGCCUUUGACAAGAGUCAUACAAAAUGACUUUUAUCCAGGAAUUUAUUUGGCAAUUUGCAGGCCAUUAUUUAAAGCAAACUUUGAAAUUGUGCAGCGAAUCGCUAUGAAACCUUAUAUAGUUCAUCUACAUGAUGAAAAAUACUGUGAUUUUUGGUCAAAUUGUAUACUGGCCGCCAUCUUGUAUGAAGUUCGUCUUCAAGUUCAAGUUUACAAUGUAUACUAUGGCACUGAAGGUCAAAAUAGAGCACUUAUAAGGUCAAACCCCUUCUAAUAACUUAGUCAAAGCAGCAUUUGGAGUUAUGAAUCAUCAACAGUGAUAACGCUAGUUUGUAUGUAAUUUUAAUUUUGUUACAUUAUUGGAAAGGCUCUGCCUUCAAUUUAUGAAAUGAAAACUAUAUAUACAUUUUGUUUGUGUGUUACAAUCUUUUUCAUGACUUUGGUGCAUUGUUGGGUUAGUAUGAGUUAUACAAAUAAUGGUAGUGAAGUGGUGCAAUACUUGACCUUUCUAACAAUUAGGCACUACAAAUUCUUUUUAUUUUUGUAGUCUAUUUGUGUUAGGUUAUUUUCUACCUCGUUAUUGUGUUUUGUCUUAUUUCUUGUUCUUGCAUACUAUUGUUUUGUUUCUGCUCAUUUACUGUAUUUAUAAAUUUUUAUUGCAUGUUAUAAUGAACUUCAUGACAAGUAAAUUUUUUCAAAUAUGAUAAGAAUCGAUCAUUAUGAUGAUUCUAAACAAAAGUUGAUGUUGAUGAAACUGUGAAAGGAAGACAACUUGUUAUAAUUUUUAAAUUUCAUUGAUCUCCCUUUCAAAUGAAUCUAAGGUUUACAUUGAUUCAAAAUGUUUGCAAUUAUUUUACCAAAUUCUCUGUUACUCAGUUGUUACAUUAUUCUGUAUUUCUUUUCUUGUCCAAUAUUUUGUUUCAUGUUUUACACCGGUGUUUUUCCAUCAUGUUUAUUUAUUUUCAUAUAAUUUGCUAUGGUCUAGUCCUUUUCAUGUGAUUAUUUUCCUGAAAUUGCCACAAAUUACUGAAAGGUGCAAUUCUACAUUUUCAUCUAGUAAUAGUAUGUCAUUCUAGGUUUCCUUUAUUCUCCUUUGUGCUGAUGACACUUUCAUUUGUUCUCAUGAAAUUAACGCUCAUUACAAUGAAAUGUUCAUGUUAAUCAAGAAACUGUCAUUUGUGGUCAAGACAUUUUCAUCCAUUCUCAUGUUUAUAUUAAAGCGGGUAUAUACGAUUUUUUAUAUGUGUUUAAUUGUAUUAUAUUGAUAAAAUAUGUUACAAUAACACAAAAUAGGCAAGAAAAAUUAUACAUUAAAGCCGAAUUUCAUAAAAUGCAGCAAAGACAAAUUAGCGCCCCGAGCCGAUAGUGACGUACAUAUUUUCCUACAAUAACCGAAGCACUCGUCCUUGUAUUAGGAUCGGAGAUAGUGUUCGUGUGUCGUAUGAAUAGAUAUCGUUGCAGAAUUUCAAAUAAACCGUUAAACUAAGUUUAGAUGCACAUCGUACAUGUAUGGUAUACAUGCUGGCGAAUUCGGCUGUACAGCCGUUUUCAAUUUCAGAAUUAAAUAUCUGGCUUAUUUCGCAUUUUUCGACACAUGUUGUUCUUAACUUUUAUUUUAAUUUAUAUUGAAAUAUAUAUAUAAUAAGUUUUUUACACAGUUUAUAUAAAUUCAUAAAUAUUUGACUAAAUCGUAUAUACCCGCUUUAAUGUCUUUUUAUAGUAUUAUACCUCCGUGUAGAGUACGGCAUUUUGUGAUUUUUUUGUGCAAUAUUAGAUUGGUAUCAUUAUGUUGUGUAGAAGUAUAUAUUUAUCAUUGUGUUACUGUCCUUUUUUUAAUUUGACCAAUUCUUAUUCUUGUGAGCACAUGAUUUAUUUUUGUAACAAGUUUACUGUUAUUAUUGUUAUUUAGUUUAAUUGUUUAAGAUUUAUGCUUAGGAACACAAUAUGUGAGCCAACAAUGUAUUUCUUGUAUUGCUAUAAAAAUUGUUGAGAACUUUUUUAUGCCCCCUUUUAGAAGAAAAGGGGGCAUAUAGUGAUCAGACUUUCCGUCUGUCCGUCUGUCUGUCUGUCUUUCCGUCACACUUUGCGUUUAGGUUUCAAAAAAUGCUCAUAAAUUCUAUGUCCCUUGAGAUAUAACCUUGAUAUUUGGUAUGCAUGUGUAUAUGGACAAUGCCUUUCCAUACACACACAAUUUUUUACCCCUGUGACCUUAGCCUUGAACUUAGGGUCCGCGUUAAGGUUUAGAAAUCUGCGUUUAGGUUUCGAAAAAUGCUCAUAACUUCUAUGUCCCUUGAGAUAAAGCCUUCAUACUUGGUAUGCAUCUGUAUAUGGACAAGACACAAAAAAGUUUGACCCCUAAGACCUUGACCUUGAACUUAGGGUGUGCGUUUAGGUUUCAAAAUCUUCGUUUAGGUUUCGAAAAAUGCUCAUAACUUCUAUGUCCCUUGAGAUAUAACCUUCAUAUUUGGUAUGCAUGAUUAUAUGGACAAGGCCUUUCCAUACGCACAAAAAUGUUGACCCCUGUGACCUUGACCUUGAACUUAGGGUCCGCGUGUAGGUUUCGAAAUCUGCGUUUAGGUUUCGAAAAAUGCUAUAACUUCUAUCAAAGCGUUUAUAGGGGGCAUAUGUCAUCCUAUGGUGACAGCUCUUGUUUUAAUGAUCAUUUAGUUGGCAGAGGAAUAAUAUGUGAUGAGAUGUAACAUCUUCUACAGCAGUUUUGUUGUUUAUUGCUUCGUAUUUGAAUCAAACUUGAUUUUCAGCAAUAGGCAAAAUAACAAUGAAAUAAUUGUCUUAGAAUCCAGACAUACAAUAUAUAUAAUAUAAAAACAAGAAAAAUGAAAAGAACUAGUUUAAUUGAAUAUUGCUUCUAAUGUUAUGUUAUCAAUUUCAAUUAAUGAUUAAAAAUUAGCAAAACAAUAUUUUUUAAUAUUUUACUGUUGUACAAUGGGAGGGUUAUUUUGCUUGUGGAUCAUGGAAGAGAUGGUUACAUUAAUUCUCUAAAGGACUCUAUUUAAAGGGACCUUUUUACGUUUUGGUAAAUUGACAAGAUUAAAUAAUCAAAGUACUGGCAGUACUGGUGUGACGAUGCUUUUGAAGAGGAUGGAUAUAAAACAUCAAUUUAAGUUUAUCUAUAUCACCACAAUUGUGUAUGUUGAUACGAACAUUUGGGUACGAAAAUUUUGGGUAGGAAAAAAAAUUUGGUACGAAAAAAAUUUGCGUACGAAACAUUUUUGGUACGAAAAAAAGUUUAGGGGUACGGGGAAGUAGUGCCUGUGGGUAACUUGACCCAUUGAGCGAAACUGGGAGGCGGGUCACAUUCUUGUUCAUUAAGUAUGGCAAUACCUUCAUGAUGAUUCUCGAAAGUAGGUAUGAGCACAUAGCCGGACCAUGUGAGCUCAAUCGUAUGAGCACUUGACUAUCCGAGUUCGCCCACGAACAUAUGGAUAAGUUAACUAGUAGCGAAAUGACCUUAUACAUGUAUAUGCUGAAAUCUAACAAUCAAACGAAAUAUCAAACAUGGUAUGUACACUUAGGUGGUUGUGUAAUUUCUGUUAGCAUAUCGUAUUCAAUAUGUAAAUUUUAAAUGAUUGUGCCCGCACUUGAGUUUGUUGCCUUGUUUGAGUCUAUACGCGCCUAGGCUGCACCCAGUGUGUGUAUUUGUGUUUUUCCAAGGUAAUGAGUUACCUCCGCGCUGAGGCUGCAUAAUGUUGGGACCCGGAGUGUGUCCAGCACUCCUACCUAAUAAGAUUAGAUUGACGACAGUUGGGACGAAUUUUGAAUGAUAGCUGCAAUUUCCAGCUAUUUGUUUUGUACUGAAAUACUUUUUAAUUUUUUAUA